UCUGAUGUGUGUGCAGGUCUUGGUCGUGGUGCCACCGGCUUCACUACCCGAUCCGAUAUCGGAUUCGGUGGCAAGGAUGACGUAGCAGGCGAGAAGGAGGAGGAUCUUGGAGAUUCAAACUACAACGAAUUCUAUGGAUACGGGGGCGCUCUUUUCAGCGACACCCCGUACGAACAGGACGAUCAAGAAGCCGAUGCAGUCUGGGACGCAGUGGACCAAAGGAUGGAUGGACGUAGAAAGGAGAGGAGAGAAGCUCGUGAAAAAGAAGAGCUCAGGAAAUAUCGUGCAAAGCUUCCAACCCUCCAUUCCCAGUUUGCAGACAUCAAGCGAGAUCUGCAAUCUCUUUCUAGAGAAGACUGGGUUUCCAUUCCUGAUGCCAACGAUAUUUCACACAAGAAGAGGAGAGUCGAUACCAUGAAGGACAGAUUCAUGCCAGCGCCUGAUUCAUUGCUAGCGCAAGCACAGGCAGAGCAAGCAGGAAGCCACAAUGAACUCGAUACAAGACAGCAAGUACUUGGAGGGAUCACUACAGUAUCAGGUGACGCUGACUCAUCACCUUUCUACUUUAUCGGGAGUAGCACACAAUCGCAGUUCACGGAUUUGAACAAAGUCGGAGAGGGUCGUAAUACAUACCUGCAAUUGAAGUUGGACAGAGUUUCGGACUCUGUGUCGGGACAGACUGUUGUUGAUCCCAAGGGAUACUUGACGGAUCUCAAUUCUCAGAUCCGCAAUCAGGCUGCGGACGUAGCUGACAUCAAGCAAGCAAGGCUUCUGCUCAAGUCUGCCAUCACAUCCAAUCCAAAGCAUGCUCCAGCUUGGAUCGCAGCUUCUCGAUUGGAAGUCAUCGCAGGAAAGGUUUCUCAAGCAAGAAACUUGAUUAUGCAGGGAUGCGAGGCGGUUCCCUUGAAUGAAGAUAUCUGGUUGGAAGCGGCAAGCAUUCAUCCUCCAGAACAAGCAAAGAAAAUCAUUGCUCAAGCAGUUCAUCAUCUGCCGACUAAGGUAUCUCGCUCUACUAACCUCCUUACACUGAUUGCUUACUCUUCAGGUCUCAUUAGGAGAGUUCUGCGAAGAGCGUUGGAAUUGAUUCCAGAUUCGGAGAGGUUGUGGAAAGCUGCUGUAGAGUUGGAGGACAAGGAAACACGAGUCCUGUUGACAAGGGCAGUCGAGGACGGUUGCUGCCCGCUAAGUGUGGACUUGUGGUUGGCCCUGGCAAGGCUGGAAGAGUAUCAGGAGGCAAGGAAGGUGUUGAACAAUGCGCGCAAGAAGGUCCCCUCGGAACCGCAGAUCUGGUUCACUGCAGCAAAGCUUGAGGAGGCCAACGGAAAUGGGCAGAACGUUCCCAAGAUUCUUGAGCGCGCGAUGAGGCAGUUUGCAGACAUGAAGCUGAAGGUGUCAGAUGACAGAGACUUCUGGCAGCAAGAGGCGGAGAAGGCGGAGAAAGGGGGAUACCCGGUGGUUGCCGAGGGUCUCAUCAAAGUCAGCGCGGACGUGAACGUGUUGCCUCAUGAGAGGAGGCGAGUGUGGGAGGCGGAGGCUGAAGCCCUCCUGGAGCGAGGAGCGGUUCACUGCGCUAGAACCCUAUACUCUAGCCUCCUGCAGUAUUUCAACACCAAGAAGAAGAUAUGGAUGGCAGCAGCCAACUUGGAGAAGAAGCAUGGAACCCCCGAAGCGCUGGACCAGCUGCUCAAGAAGGCACUCCCAGCGACAACCUUCUGCCCCAAGGCCUGGCCGCUUUGGUUGAUGGGUGCCAAGGAGAAAUGGAGCUUGAUGGCUCUGCCAGGACUAACGGGAUGUGCAGGCGCGCGCGUCAUCCUCGGCGAGGCUUUCAAGAUCAACCCCGACAACGAAGAGAUCUGGCUCGCUGCGGUGAAGCUUGAGAACGACAACAACGAGAUCCAGCGUGCCCGGACCCUGCUGGAGAAAGCGAGGAUGCAAGCCGGAACGGAGCGAGUGUGGAUGAAGAGCGUUAUGCUGGAGAGAGACCAGGGCAACAUGGAGGCCGCAUGCGAACUUCUCACGCAGGCCCUCGAGAAGUACCCGACGUUUGCCAAGCUGUGGAUGAUCCUGAUACAAAUCAAGCAAUCGAUGGGCCUGCCGGACGAGGCUCGCGAUGCUUAUCUGCAAGGAACCAGCAAGUGCCCCAGCAGCGUCGCGCUGUGGAUCGUCGCCGUUCACUUCGAGCGAGAUUCCAACCAGCUCACGAAAGCAAGAUCGUUGUUGGAAAAGGCAAGGCUCAAGAACCCCAAGCACCUCUGGCUCGAAACUAUUCGCAUGGAAGCAGCGCUGCCAGACAACAGAAAGUUGGCAGCGACCCGUCUUGCGCAAGCUCUUCAGGAAUGUCCCAACAGUGGAAUCUUGUGGUCAGAAGCUAUCCUCAUGGAACCUCGACAGCAGAGGAAGGCGAAGAGUGUGGAUGCCAUCAAACACUGCGAGAACGACACGUUCGUCAUCUGUACCAUCGCUCGUCUCUUCCAUGCCGAUAGAAAGCUCGAAAAGGCUCGCACUUGGUUCAAUCGUGCCUGCACUCUAAACCCAGACUUCGGCGAUGCUUGGGCCCACUGGUUUCGGCUGGAGCAGCAACAUGGAACAGACGAAACGAGAGCAGAAGUCAUCAGAAGAUGCAAGGAUGCGAACCCUCGGCACGGAGAAGUCUGGCAGCGAGUGAGCAAAGCGGCUGGAAAGAAUUUCGCCGACGUGGGAGAGAAGCUCAUGGCUGUGGUGCAGAGCAUUACAGAGAAGGCCUCGCUGACGAACUGA